AUUUCCAAGCGCUUUAUGAGCUGAAGGGGUUGGCUGUUUAGGAGAGAAAGCCAGGGUUUCACUUGGGGGUCGGCCCUGUCGUCUUCUUUCCCUUUUCUCUUGCAAAAGAUCUCUGAUCUUUUCUCCUCUUAAUUCAUUGAAGAGAUGGCUAUGGCCAUGGCCAACCAUCACACACUAGGUCUUAUCUUCGGUAUCUUAGGCAACAUUAUCUCCUUCCUCGUAUACUUCGCUCCUGCACCAACAUUUUAUCGAAUAUAUAAGAGAAAAUCAGCAGAAGGCUUUCAUUCACUGCCUUACAUAGUAGCACUCUUCAGUGCUAUGCUAUGGUUGUACUAUGCUCUACUCAAGAAAGAUGCAUUUCUUCUGAUUACCAUUAACUCCUUCGGCUGCGCCAUAGAGUCUUUCUACAUUCUUCUGUACUUCUUUUACGCGCCGAUGCAGGCCAAGAAACAAACUCUCAAAGUGGUCAUUUCUUUGAAUGUUGGGGUGUUCUCUAUCCUUGUUGUCCUUAUACAAUUUCUUCUGAAAGGCUCAAAUAGGAUAAAUGUUUUUGGGUGGAUCUGUGCUUCAUUCUCAGUGGCAGUCUUUGCAGCUCCUUUGAGCAUUGUAGCCAAAGUGAUUCGAACCAAGAGCGUCGAAUUCAUGCCUUUUUCCUUGUCCUUCUUCCUCACAUUGAGUGCCAUCAUGUGGUUUGCCUAUGGCCUUCUCAAAAAUGACCCCUGUGUUGCUAUUCCAAACAUUCUGGGGGUCAUAUUGGGGCUGGUCCAAAUGGUGCUGUAUGGAUUCUAUAGGAAUGCUGGCAAAGAAAAGAUGGAGAAGAAGCUGCCGGAACACAUAAUUGACAUGGUCAUGCUGAGCACAUUAGGCACAUCUGACAUCCAUCCGAUCGGAGCCCAGCAGAAUGGGAUCAAGAAAAGUGGUAGUGAAGAUGUCAAGGAUGAUGAAGAAACUGGGAAUCGCGAGAAAAGUACGGAAAAUUCAGGUGAACUCCAGCCAAAUGGAAGUACAGUUUGAUAAAAGAUGAAACUCUAUUUUAUUUUGUUAACGAGUGUUGCAGCCAAGUAUACGCUGCCCUUGGCUUCUCUCCUUGCUUUUGGACCAUACCCCCCAUCUCUGUCUCUCGUGUAUUCGAUACAUAUAUCAUGAAACCAAUAUAAAUGCUUAAAUA